AUGUGUAGUGCUUGUAAUGCAAGUAGUAGAAAUGUUGGGUCGUUUAAAAGUGAGCAAGCUUUAAUUACAAAAUUAUUUUGGUGUAUUUUAAGGUUCUCAUCGAUGGCAUCACCAUCAAGCAAAUGGAGUGCUUUUUCAAAUCGCUUGCAUGUAACUCACUUAUCCAAUUAUAUUGCCUUGGAUUUGGAGCACAAAUAUCCACUGAGGUGUUCUAGCAGGCAUGGACAGGAAGGUGGCAGUCUAGUGUUAGAAGCUAAAGAAAUAUAA